AGGUUUUUGCGCGAGCAUCAGCGUCAAGGAGUUCAGUUCAUGUUUGAAUGCGUUACUGGCCUGAGAAACUUUGGGGGGUAUGGCUGUGUGUUGGCAGAUGAUAUGGGUCUUGGGAAAACCUUUCAGAGCGUGACAUUGCUUUGGACACUUUUGACGCAGGGUAUUGAAGGAAAACCGACGAUCACACGAGCCGCUGUCAUCUGCCCAACAAGUCUAGUCAAGAACUGGGCCAAUGAAAUUACAAAGUGGUUGGGUGAUCGACUAGAUGGAGGUGUUUUAGCCUUGAGCGAGAGCGCUCGUGAAGACGUGAUCGACGCUAUCAAUCGCUAUACGCGCAAAGGAAUUUACCAACGUGAACGAAAAUUUCCACCUGUCUUGAUUAUCAGCUACGAAACAUUCCGCAUCCAUGCAGGUAGGUUUCAUUGUCAUACUUCAGCGAUUUGCUGCAAAUGGACCAGAGCUCAUCGUCUAAAGAACGACAAAACGAUCACUAACAAGGCUUUGGCUUCCCUUCCCUGCCUUCGCAGGGUUUUACUUUCGGGAACUCCAAUGCAGAAUGAUUUGGAAGAAUUUUUCGCAAUGGUUGAUUUCACAAAUCCUGGUGUGCUAGGGACUGCUGCACAAUUCAGAAAGAUGUAUCAGUCGCCUAUUCUUACGGGACGCGAGCCGGAUGCUACUGAGUCUCAGCGAGAGAAAGGCAACGAGGCCCAGGGAGCUCUAUCCAACCUUGUCAACAUCUUCAUACUGCGACGAACAAACGAGCUUUUAUCGAAGCAUCUUCCUCCAAAAGUUGUGCAGCUGGUCUGUUGUAAACUUUCUCCCUUGCAAAUUCAGUUGUACAGAGCCAUCAGUAGCUCAAAGGAUGUGAUGCGCAUGUGUAAAGGAACAGGAAAGACUACAAAACAGGUUCUCGCCUGUAUUACUUCUCUGAAGAAAUUAUGCAACCACCCAAAGCUUAUUUUCGAUGUCAUUCGAGCAGCACAAAGUAUGCCUGCACUCUCCAGUUACAUCGUCUCUGAGCUUUCCGUCAGACUCGGGCAGUUUUCCGGGAAACUGGCUGUCCUCGAGCGAAUGUUGCACAUCCUGUACCAUGAGAAGAAAGAAAGGAUUGUUCUCAUAUCAAACUACACCCAGACUCUGGAUCUAUUUCAAAACAUUUGUCGAACAUGCAACUAUCCCUUUGUGCGAUUGGAUGGUACAACGUCCGUCAAGAAACGACAAAAACUGGUGGAUGUCUUCAACGACCCUACCCAGCAUCAGUUCGCCUUCCUGUUGAGCAGCAAGGCUGGCGGCUGCGGCUUGAACCUCGUUGGAGCUUCCCGACUUGUCCUGUUCGACCCUGACUGGAACCCAGCCAACGACAAACAAGCGGCCGCGCGAAUCUGGCGAGACGGGCAGAAGAGAAGAGUGUUCGAGUACAGAUUCUUCUCCACUGGAACGAUAGAGGAGAAGGCAAGGAAACGCGCAGACUGCCGGGGAAGUGAAACUUUCUUCACUCAGGUGUAUCAGCGUCAGUUGUCCAAGGAAGGCUUGCAGGUGCUUCGCUUGAGAGCAUUGCGACACGCACAGCACUGA